CGACGCCCUUGGAUUGAGCAAGGAAACCGGCGAUCCGCUCUUGUGUUGAAAUCUUCGCUCUUUUACAGCGAUAAAAUGGCAGAGAAGGAGAGUAAUGUGUUUAAGGCCAAACUAGCCGAACAAGCUGAGCGAUAUGAAGGUAAAGAGAUUGUUUUUGAAGCCAUUAAUGGGCAUUUUGCGUUGUUAGAUUCCUCAGAUAAUUACGCUGAGCUUGCCAGCGAGUGUCGGUUACAGUGGGCAAAUAGUUCCUUUGACAAAAGUUUCAGGAUUUUAGAUCCGCCGAAACGGUAGUUCUCAAUUAGAUUCGCCCUUUUCAGAGCGUCUUACUUUCGUUAUGCUCACUGAGGUUUGUUACAUAGCUGUGUUGUACUGUAACCAAGCUUUUGAAUUGUCGUGUAGAAGUUGGCGUCGAUUCGCCAUUUCGAAUGAAUCGUUUUUUCGUUAGCGUUCUUGUACAUUUGUCGCUGGUGGCUACAUUAAUACCGUGUAAUAUUUACUGGACUGCCUCAAUUAAAAGAAUGAUUAGCUUUGAACACUUUACGCUCGCAAAAAGUUGUCCUAAGUAAAUGUUUUGCUUGCUGAAAGUUACUUUGUCGAUUUCAGAGUACAAAUUACGCGUAGGAACACUAUCGCGAAAAAAGCCGCAUGGCUUAUCUUACGACAUCGUGCUAAAUUAAUCUCAAUAAAUCGAUCUACCUUCGUCGCGAUGAAGGGCACUUUCAUUGACUGGGCUUUCUUUUGUGAUUUCAAGGGUGUGUUUUCCGUAAAUUUGUUCGUAAGAUUUGAUUGCGUGGUAAUUUUUGCAUGGAUCUUGAAUAAGCGGACUGGACUAGAUAUAGCGGUCGUACAAAAUUGACUCAACGAAAUUUGAGAUUAUCGAAAUCACAGAAAACUGCAUGAUGUGGUGUGUCAGACUUGUUCAUUGUCGUUCUGUUGCUGUUCAGUCGUGUUUGGGACUUGUAUGGGUAAAUGUCACAUGUUGAAAAGAAUUAUUGUCCAAGAAAUCAUUUAAUAUUUAAAUUGAAAUCACAACCUGUCAACAUCAGCGAAAAUCUGCGCAAUCAUUAAUUUAACUGACAUCGCUGAGUGUACUUCUCAAGCAAAAGCGGUAAAUUUUUUAGCAAGUCAUUCCUAUUUUUACAAACUUCCCUGUUCCCAGAAUUUACGUGUUUUGUUAUGUUAACGCGUUACACCCUAGCAUCAGUAGGCAUAUUAUCCAUACAUUUUCCUUUGGAGCUGAAUAGGAGAAUUUAUUUAAGAAUCAAGAGCUUCUUUAGAUGGUGAUUAUUUCCUUUACUCUCAUGACCGUAAUUUUUGAUUCAGUGGUGAUAUUGUAAGAAAGAAUUAGAUGCCAGUCACUCUCAGGGUCAAUGGGUUAACCCAUUGAUCAUUUACUGAUCAAAGUGAAAGAAUUCCAAUUCAUUUUUUAAUGUGUACAGAACUACCAUUUUUCAAGGAGAUUACAAAAUAUCAGUGAAAGCUAAAAAAGCAUUAGCAGGCAAGGAUAAAAAACAAAAGCACAUUAACAGAGAAGGAUGAGAGAGACAAAGAUUUUUUGCCAUUUUGAUAUUUCAGUUUUAAUGCUAUUCAAAAUUUGACUUUAUGGUUUUAUUGGUGCUCAAAAAAUGAAACAGCUUCUUCUUGGAGCACAAAGUUACUUGAGAGGACCCCUUCCAAUUGUAACCGUACUGAUAUCUUUUUAGAGUUUGUUUUUCGGUUGUGAUCUCAUACGACCCCAAGUUCUGAAAACUAAUGCUAAAAUUUCAUUUGAACAAGCUCUUAAGAUGAAAACUAUAAAAGAAACUUGGUGAUUUGCCUAAUUUCAAAAUUUUGUGCUUCAAAUUCUGUUGCAUAUGGGGAAUUAUCAGCAUGGAGUUUUGAUGUUGGUAUUUGAACAUAACCACCAAAGAAGAGGUGAUCAUUAGAAUUAUAAUGGCCAAUGAGGGGAGAUUAUUGAAGUAGUAAAGUGCUUUAUAGGGGAUCUGGUAAAUUUUAUUAUGACUUGGAAAAAAAUCCUCUGACCCUCCACCUUCCCCUCUCUCCCAGGUGAUAUUGUAAAUUACUGUUUGACCAGUCCCUUGUUAAGGUGAAAUGUAUAAUUGUAUUAAAAUAUUAGUAUUUAGCAGGGAUGUAGCUAAAGUUUUUAACAGGCGGGAAUCUUGCAGUGAUAGGCGGGUAUUCAGGCCGAAGGCCCACUCUAGCAUGCCAAAGGCAUGCUAUACCUAGAUUUGAAGGUGUAAACAAAUGAAAUAAAUAAACAACAAUCUUCUGACAACAUUUAAAAACAUUUUCGAGAAAGAAGUAGUGCUUCACAGCUGGAAAAAUUGCAUUCACAGCUGGGUAAUUUUCCCGGCUUCUGGCUAUUAUCUACAUCCCUGAUUAGUUCCUUCUUAUUGGUUGUGAAAUUGUGAAGUCUUGAGGUAUCAUGUGGACCUUCCAAACCAAUUGCUGGCUACUGUCACCUGAACCAACUACCCGUGGGUAAUCUGUUAAUUUUUCCACAAACAGUCAUUGGUGUGGGUUACAGGAGAGUGUGGGUUAUACAAUAAUUUUCAAGCUUCUGGUUUAGAUAUAAAACUAUAAGCAGGAAAAAAAACAGAUGAUAAGAUCCACUAAAGAUACUCUUCAAAAAACCUGUGUAAUAACUCAUUUAUUUCGCACAGAUUGCUCAUUAUUAUAAGAGACUUUAAUGCUCUCGAUGAAAGCCCGAUGCAAAUCGAAAACCUACCUUAAAACUUGAUAACAAAGCUUUUAUAUUGUUUAUACUCUUACUUUCUUAUCUUGUCAAUUUCACAGCUUGUUUCUUUGUUAAGGUCAAAAAACAAUUCUCACUUACACGGGAAGUGAACUUGAAAAUAAAAGAAUUUAACUGUGAAAAAGCUGGCUUCGGAGCAAUUCACACAGAAAAUGAUGCCAACUUGUUCGUUUCAUGGCACUGUAUAAUUGAUGACAUGACAGAAUAUUAGACGCUUUGGUGAAAUUUUCUUAGCUUGCACUGCCUUGAGUUAAAGAGUAUUUUCCUGUUUCAAGUGAUUUCUCCGACACAGUUGAUCUCAAGAUAUUGAUUUUUUGUUGGGAACAGAUUUUUUCAGGUGGUAUCAUUUUCAAUGAAAUAGCAAAGACAAAAAGUGUGAAAAUUUAUUAACUGCACACUAAAGAUUUCAUGUCAACAGAAACAAUGAAGGAACUUUGUGUGAGUGAAUGAUUUUCUUUUGUUUUUGGGUGCGGUUUAUCUGCCAGUGUGGGUAAUCUGUUGAAAUUUUUUUCUCGUAAUUGCAAAAAUUGACUGGUGUGGGUAAUCUGAAGUGUGGGUAAAUGGACGAAAAUUAGGGUAAUUUCUGAGCAUAGUUUCUGAUUUUGAUUGCCAGAAGGGUGACUUUGUAAGCUUGGAGCACUGUGCAAUGAAACAAUUUUGUUUUCAGCCCCAUUCAGAACAAUUUGGUGGCUAAAGAAAUCUAGGUUUUUACUUAAUUUUCAGCUCAAAGUAAAGUACUUAAAAAGUGAAUUUUCAAUGACAUAUCUUUGACCCCAAAACACGACUAGCAUUUUAUUCCUCCUUUCAAUAUCAACCCUGAAUCACGCAUUGAGGUUACUUCCCACCUUUGCAGGUGUUCUUUAGGUCAAAAUUCUUAUGCAAACUAGUUUCACUAAAAUCCCAGCAAACCAUACAUCAGAAGAAAGCAAAAUAUAAAUUCAGUUUACUAUAAAGAAUAUGAUUUGAGCAACAUUUAUUCUAAGGAAGUGUCAGGAGCUGGUAAGUUGUGAAAUGACUUAAGGUUCUUCUAUUGAAUUUAUUGAGUAUUGGAUGCCACAGCACAAGCAAAAUUGCUGCACAGUCUUAUUAACAAGGCAUCAGUCAAUGAAAGUGAGUCGGGUUUUUUCGAUAUUCUGAUAAGUUGUCUAGAUAUCAGCAUCUAAAGUUGGAGUAGCUAAAAAAUAUGUAAGGUGUGUUGCCUCAAUGGACACCAUGGGACAAAUAUUUCAAUUAUCAAAAUUUCCCAACACAGUUUCGUUUGUCAUUAUUCCAGGUGAAAUUUAUUGAAAAUUGGUCAAAUCCAUAUACCCUAAAAAUUUGUUCAAAGUGGUUGUAUUCCUCCCAAAAUCAAAUGCCAGAUUUCAGCUCAUAAAGGUUUGCAAACAACUCGUGCUAUGCCAGGAGAUUAUCCUGUCUCCUGAAACCGCAAACCAAUGGGACAGUGGGACCUCCUGGCGUCAAUGACAAAGGGUCAAGAUUUCCCAGGAAAAGUCACCCAUUGCAGAAACUUUUUUUUUUUCAAUAUCUUGAUUGCUCAGUAGAGCACUGAGGAGGACCACACAAUAAUGAGCAAAGUUGCCAAAGGCAAAGGCAAGGGCAAAGGCAAUAUGUGUAACAAAAAUGGAAAAACUGCAAAAUGUGCUGAGGAGCAAGACAAUGAAUAGACAGCUUUCAAUUUAUGAUUUGUGGCAAUUUGUAAUGUUUUGUAUCAAGGUUGGUACUUGCAUAAAUGAAAGGAAGCCUCAUUUUUAACAUUAUAGAUGGCAAAUUUUUGGUUUGACAGCAACUUCUUUGUUUGAAAUCUGGAUGCUAGCAUGAAGCUCUACCAGUACUUAUAGCUGUCCUAAAGGAAUCUUUUCCUUCUCUUGACUGAAUGGUACUCUUUCUUCUCUUGGGCCUGUUUUUUUUUUCUUUUUUUUUCACUAAGGACUUUCUUCUGCUUUAGAUUUUUGCAUGAGUAAAGAUCUCCUUAUAAGCAAAGAGCUUUCACAUGUGAAUUUUUAAAGUGCAUGAUGUAAACAAGAUAUGGAAAUAACAUGAAAAAAAAGCCCCAAGAUGAGCAGUUGCUGCAAAAAUUCUCCAGGUCGGAGAUCAUGACACCUUCCUGUUUUUAACUUUCAGUUGAAAAUACAUUUUUCUAAAUUUCUCAGUUGCUUUUAAAGAUUUCAGAAAUCUUUUGUUUUGGAAAUGUUUGAUGGAUUGUUUGAAUUCAGUUAACUCAAAUAAAAGAAAAAUCGAUUUUUUCAGCCUCUGAAGGUGGGAAGUAACCUUAAGGUCAUGAGAAAAGAGAAAAUGAUCACAAACUAAAAAAGCUCUUGAUUUUUAAACAAAUUCUCCUUGUUAGCACAUAAGGAAAUAUCUAGAAAACAGUAUGGAGAUUAUGCAAACUGAUAUUAGGGUCAUAUUUGUCCUUAGUGAUCAAGGCCAAGUAUGUACAAGUGUUUACAAAGGAUUAUGGACUUUUCACUUCUUGAGUACUAAUAUGUAUAUUUGCAUGAAGAUCAUUGUCAAGAUGUCAAAUUGCAGUCAACCAGUUAGCUGCAAUUUCAGGCUCUGAUUUUCCUGCUACUGCAUUUCUUAAUGAAAAACUUCUUUUUCAUAAUUCAGAAAUGGCAGAAUUCAUGAAGUUAGUGGCCAAAAAUUCAAGUGGGAUGGAAAUGACUGUUGAGGAGCGCAACCUACUGUCUGUUGCAUAUAAAAAUGUGAUUGGGGCUAGAAGAGCAGCAUGGCGCAUCAUAUCUUCCUUGGAGCAAAAAGGAAAAGACAGCGGAAAAGAAAGCGGAAAAGAUCAUGGCAAGGUCGAGACUUUAAAAAAAUACAAGGAAACAGUUGAAGGCGAACUUCAAAGCAUCUGUGAUGAAAUUCUUAGUCUCUUGGAAAAGGACCUCAUUCCUAACUCCCAAGAUAAUGAGGCUAGGGUUUUCUUUCAUAAAAUGUGAGUUACAUGUUAAGUAUAUAGUCUACAUAGCUUACAGGGAGAAGCAAUUCAACUUUCAUGUCAACUUUUUGGUGAAUUAAUCUGUAAUUUUUUGCUGCAUAGUUUUAUUGGAAACCUCGAUGCUGUAACAUACUUCAAUUUUUUUAUUUUCUCUGAUUAAAUGAAAAGGUAAAUGUUCUUUAUCUUGCAGGAAGGGUGACUAUUUCAGAUAUCUAGCUGAAAUAGCUGAAGGUGAAAAGAAAGAAGAGGCGAAAAAAAGUGCUUUGAACGCCUAUGAUGCUGCAGUUGAAAUCGCAAAGGAUAAUCUUGCAGCAACAUGCCCAAUACGUCUGGGUUUGUUCUUAAAUUUCUCUGUAUUUCAUUAUGAAAUCAAUGAUGACCCAAAAAAAGCCUGUAAUAUUGCGAAGGAGGCCUUUGACAAUGCCAUCAGUGAUCUGGAUAGCCUGAGUGAAGACUCGUACAAAGACAGCACUUUGAUAAUGCAGCUUCUACGUGACAAUUUGACUCUGUGGACUUCUGAUACAGAAAGUAAGUCUUUUAUGAUU